AACUGUUACUCAGGGACACAGAAUUGUUACUCAGGGACACAGAACUGUUACUCAGGGACAGACACAGAAUUGUUACUGAGGGACACAGAAUUGUUACUGAGGGACACAGAAUUGUUACUGAGGGACACAGAAUUGUUACUCAGGGACACAGAAUUGUUACUCAGGGACACAGAAUUGUUACUCAGGGACACAGAACUGUUACUCAGGGACACAGAAUUGUUACUCAGGGACACAGAACUGUUACUCAGGGACACAGAAUUGUUACUCAGGGACAGACACAGAAUUGUUACUGAGGGACACAGAAUUGUUACUGAGGGACACAGAAUUGUUACUCAGGGACAGACACAGAAUUGGACACAGAAUUGUUACUCAGGGACACACAGAAUUGUUACUGAGGGACACAGAAUUGUUACUCAG